CCUUCCGUCACCUGGACCGCCGUCGAGUACAGCAACACCAAGUGGGGCCACGUCUGGGAGACCGAGUGGGCCGUCCCCGAUACCGUCCAGCACAACGCCUCGUUCUUCCUCGACGCCUUCGUCACCCGCACCGGCCUGUCGCCCGACCCGCGCGACGCGUCGUAUCCGGGCAAAGGCGAGGUCCUCCACAUCCGCAAGCCCCUGAUUCGCUACGCGCCGCAAAAGCGCGUUCGCGCGACCAAGAACCUCUUGUCGGGCAAGGCCGACGACGACGAGGACGCCGCCGCCGAGGCCAAGGAGUACGAGGACUGGAAGAGCCGCCCGUUCGUGUCGUACUACUACCCGAACGUCACCCUCGAGCUCGUCGGCGACGCGGCCAACGUCGCGUACGCGACCCUGCCGCCGCCGGUCAAGCAGCACGUCCACAUUGCGCGCGAGGGCGCCAAGACGUUCGACGACAAGCAGGCCUACUUCCCGAUCCUGUUCCCCAACACGUUCUGGGACCUCUCGUCGCAGCUCCAGCCGGUCAACACGACGACGACCGUCCUCCCGCUCCGCGUCGAGUUCAAGCCGAGCGGCUACUUCAAGUUUCAGCUUCAGUCGACCAUGGACGAGGCGUUCACCAAGCAGAGCGCGUCGAUGGGCGGCGGGUCCGGCGGCGAGCUCGACGAGAUCAAGCGCAUCCUCAUCGAGACCAACCCGGUCCUCCUCAUCACGACCGUCGUCGUCUCGGUCCUCCACAUGCUGUUCGAGUUCCUCGCCUUCGCGGGCGACAUCGCCCACACGAGGAGCCGCAAGGGCCUCGUCGGCGUCUCGGUCCGCACCAUCUUGACCAACGUCUUUGUCCAGUUCAUCGUCCUGCUGUACCUCAUCGACCAGAGCGAGGAGACGAACUACAUGAUCAUCAUGAGCAGCGGCAUCGGGCUCGCCAUCGAGGCGUGGAAGAUCACCAAGGCGGUCGACAUCAAGGUCGUGCGCCAGCCGGCCCAGUCACUCUUGCCCUACAAGGUCGAGAUCCACGACAAGCACGUCCUCAACGAGGACGAGCUGCGCACCCAGGAGUACGACCGGGCGGCGUUCAAGAUUGUCGGGCUCGGCACGACGCCGUUCUUGGUCGGGUGGACCAUCUACUCGAUGCUGUACCAGUCGCACCGCUCGUGGUACAGCUUCGUCAUCCAGACCCUGACUUCGUUCGUCCAGAUGUUCGGCUUCGUCCAGUUGGUGCCUCAACUCAUCAUCAACUACAAGCUCAAGUCGGUCGCGCACAUCCCGAUGAAGGCCAUGAUGUACAAGUCGCUCUCGACCGUCAUCGACGACUUUUUCUCGUUCAUCAUCAAGAUGCCGCUCCUGCACCGCCUCGCCUGCUUCCGCGACGACGUCGUCUUCCUCGUCCUCCUCUACCAGCAGAAGUGGAUCUACCGCGUCGACUAUUCGCGCGAGAACGAGUACGGCCAGAAGUUCGACGAGGACGAGGCCAAGAAGCAGCUCGACAAGAAGGCGCACGACGAGCAGGCGCGCAUCAAGGCCGACGGCGUCGAGACCAAGAAGACGCAGUGA